AUGUUGGAGAAGAGGACCUUGCUGGCCAAUGAGGACUACAGUUCUGUGAGGGAGGUCUGUGGAAUGACUGAGAAGGAAUAUAUGGGUCCAGGCACAAGAGGGCUAAACACUUCUGAGGUAGAACAAGGUUCACACUUCUUGGUGUUGGGACGGACCCUGCCAAUAGCCUUUAUGUGCUUCCUGGUGCUAGCUGACGAGGCUAUUAAAGCAAUUGAUGAUGAUGAUGACAGAGCUCAAAAAAAGUUUCCUAUAGAUUGUGAUAAACUUUCCAAAGAGAGCCCCAGUGGGGUGUAUGUAAUCAAGCCUGCGUUGUCCACUCCUGUUGUCGUCUACUGUGACAUGGACACAGAGGGGAAAGGUUGGACAGUAGUGCAGAGAAACUCCAUUAAGACUGAAAUCACUUGGCUUGAGUCUUGGACAACAUAUAAAUAUGGUUUUGGAAAUGUUCUACAGGACUACUGGAUGGGCAAUGAAUACAUCCACCUUCUGACAACUCAGAGAACCUAUAUGGUGCGUUUUGUGUUAAAGGACAAAGCAGAGAAGGAGUGGUACGCUGACUAUGAUAUAUUCAGCCUCGACAACGAGGUAAAUGGAUAUACUCUAAGACUGGGCAGGUACUCAGGGACUGCAGGUGACUAUCUCACCACAUUUGAUUCAGGCAUGGUGCACCACAACAUGAGGUUCUCUACAAAGGACAAGGAUCAGGACCGGAGUGGGUCACACUGUGCUAACAGUUAUGGAGGUUGGUGGUAUGAUAAGUGCUACAACGCACUUCUAAAUGGCAAAGGCUACAUCUACUGGAGAGGAAUCUGCACUGGGGAUUGCUCUUUUUCCAAGAUUAUGGUUAGACCCUCAGGUAUAUGA